CAUGCACGUAUCGUACAUUAGAGGGCGCUAUCAACAUGGAAUCCACCACAGACCAAAAACGUGCUCCAAAAGAAAAGAGAAAAUCAGUCAAAUUUAAGACACAAAAGAAACGGAAACAGUUGGAAAAACUCACUCUACAAGAUAUAGAAGCCAUCGGUGGAAACGAGGAUGACUUGAGGUUGAUCGGAGACAUCUCAGAGUCGGAUGAGGAAGAAGUCAGUCAAACAGAGGAAGAGCAAGACAUUGAUCCUCAAGAGCUGAAGGCAUAUUUUCAAAGUCUGGGUUUCCAAAAUGUAUCUGCAGACAGCGGAGAUUUUGACUCUCCAAAAGAUGACGACAACCCCCCUGGAACUUCAAAAAGUGAUAACAAACAAGACCGCAAGAAGGAUAAACUAACCAAAAAGGAGAAAAAGGCAGAGAAGAAGAAAUUGAAAUCUGAGCCAGACGCAUCCCUCAAAGACGCAAAAACAUCUAAAGAAACUUCCCAGGAUGAAACGGUACCCGCCAAAAAAGUACAAGACUGCAAGAAGCCCACAGGUGGUGUUUCAGAUGCGAAAUCUCUGGGAAAGAAACCACUGGUCAAUGCAGGAGCAGUCUUGCAGCAUUCUGAAGUCUCAAGCACCUCAUCCGAGAGCCAUGCGCAUCAUCAGCAGGUUCCCAAGAGGCAGAUCUCGGCACAGAAGCUCUUAGAGGAUUUCACACCCAGGAAGCAGCUGCUGUUUGAGCCAGAAGGAUUGUGCUACUAUCGGGAGUUUCAAUCAGAUCCCAAGAAGUUUGAACUUUCUGAUGAUGCCACUGUUGCCGCAUAUCGGACACUUGCUGGCAGAUUGUAUUCUAAUGAAGUACAGAUUUAUCUAUCAAAAAAGAAAGGUGACCUGAGCACUAAGGCCCAGUGGAUGCAGACCGUGGUCUCCUCUGGUGUCCUCUCAGACAAGGUCGCGGCCCUGACCCUGGAGGUUCAGACGGCACCCGUCCACACGCCGGCCUCACUGGACAGCCUCAUGACCAUGCUGAAGAAGAAGGGACGGAGGGAGACACUGGUUGCCAUGGACGCACUCAAGCAGCUCUUCCUGCAGGAGCUGUUGCCGGAGAGACGGAAACUGCGACUGUUCUCUCAGCAUCCAUUUUCACUGCUCAACGACUUAAGCGAAGGGAAACGACCCGAAAGAAAUAAACGACUGCUGCUGUGGUACUGUGAAGAUCAACUGAAGCAGAAGUACCUGGAGUUUGUCAAGACACUGGAGAAACUCUCCCAUGAUACCAUACAAGCUGUUAAGCAGAAAGCGAUGAGUACAAGUCACGAGAUGCUGAGUCAUAAACCAGAGCAGGAAAAGGCCCUGUUGACGUUACUGGUGAACAAGAUUGGAGAUCCUGACUACAAGAUUGCUGCUCGUGCUGUUCACUUAUUGCAAAAGUUAGUUGAGGUGCACACCACCAUGAAAGGUGUGGUAGUCACUGAAGUAGAAGCUUUGCUUUACCGAGCCAAUGUCAGCUCCAAAGCACAGUACUAUGCCGUCUGCUUCCUGAACCAGCUGAUCUUGAGUCAUGAUGAGCCUGAUCUUGCUACCAAGCUGAUUGUAGUCUACUUCUCUUUUUUCAAGGCUUGCAUGAAGAAACGUAAUGCUGAUCAGAAGAUGCUGGGAGCUGUACUGACCGGGGUCAACAGGGCUUACCCAUACUCAAAUGUUGGAGAUGAGAGAGUCGGUGAACAGACGGACUCGUUGUUUAAAGUGGUCCACAUUGCGCCCUUCAAUACUUCCAUACAGGCACUGCUGCUAUUGAAACAGGUGCUGGAUACCAGGCAAGCCAUAUCAGAUCGCUUCUAUUCAGCUCUGUACAGCAAGCUGCUGGAUCGAAGUUUGGAAAACUCCCCCAGGCAGGCUAUGUUUCUGAAUCUUCUCUACCAGUCCAUGAAAGCUGAUGCCAUCAUCGGCAGAAUCAAAGCAUUUGUCAAGAGGCUUCUGCAGAUGUGUUCCACCCAGCAGCCACCGUUUGUCUGCGGUGCCCUGUUCCUGAUCUCGGAGAUAAUGGAUAUACGACCUGCUCUUCGCAGUGCUGCCAUGGAUGCUAUGGAUUCUGAUGAUGAGGAACACUUCGUUGACAUCGAUGAAGAAGAUGACGCCAGAACAGAUAAGAAAGGAGAGACAGAUGUUGAAAAAGACGCAUCCAAGUCAGCUUCAUCUUGGGUGCAUCACAAGAUAGAAAACCCAGACAAGAAGACACAGUAUGACCCAACCAACAGAAAUCCACAGUUCAGCGGUGCUGAAGGCAGCGUCUUUUGGGAACUGACCAAACUGCAGAACCACUACCAUCCCUCGGUGGCGCUCUUCGCUAAGACCAUACGCGAGGGUCUGAAGGUACACUACAUGGGCAACCCCCUGCAGGAUUUCACACAGAUGCGCUUCCUGGAUCGCUUUGUGUACAGAAACCCCAAGAAACAAACAGAGAAGGUGAAAGUGUCCAUCAUGGAGCCCAAAGGCAAAUCCUACAAGCCCUCCGCCAUCCGACUGAUGGCUGUCAACACCAAGGAUUACCUCAAGACGGCCCAGGAGAAGAUCCCUAUCGAUGAGCUCUUCUUUCACAAGUAUUUCACCUCAAAAGGGAAGAAACCCCAACAAGUCACCGACAGAAAAAAAGAGAAAAGUGUCAAGGAGGAUGAUGAUGAUGAGGAUGACUUUGAAUUUGACAGCGAUGCAUCAAGUGUUGACGAUGAUGAAUUUGACAGGAUACUUGAAACAGUGGACUUGGAAGAUACUGAUGAAGAUGAUGAUGAUGAUGAUGAUGAUGUUAUGGACUUUGCUGGUGAGGUGAAACGGAAGAAGAAAGACAAGACAACAAAGCAGAAGGGCAAAGCUUCUGAAGAUGACUCAAGUGAGAGUGAGGAGGACUUUGAUUAUCCAGACGAUGAGGAUGAAGGAAGUGAGAUAGGAGAGGACAACUUUGACUCCACCGAUGACGAUCAAGAUGACGAUGACAAUGAUGAUGAAUUCAAGAUUGCCAAUGAUGAAUUUGACGAGGAAGGUUUUGGGGAAUCAGAUUCGGCAGAAGAGCAUCCAUCACCAGCUAAGGCAACCAAACGGAAAACCAAGAAACCCACCAGACAAGCUGAUGCUGACAAAGACUCGGAUUCCGAGAGGGAGAUGGACUUUCUAGGAGCCAUGGGAACCGGGAAGAGAAAAGGUGGGGCGGCAAAGAGGGGCGGCAAGAAGCGGAGGAAGGUAGAAGGAGCCGGGCAGAGUGGAGGUAGCUUACAGGCAACGGCAGAAGAGUUUUCAUCAUUGAUGGACGACCAUGUUGGAGCCAAGUUUGACAGCAUUGGACUAAAUGCCAUGGCAAACAAGGACAACGCAGAUGCCAAGCAGCUGAACUGGGAGAUCAGGAGGGACAAAUGGGUCCAAGGACGAGACCCCAAGAGCAUGAUGCUAGCCAAGAAAAAGGGCAAGUUCCCCAAGGGUAAGCCCUUCCAGAAGGGCCAGGGGAGGCAGCUGAAGAAGGGAGGAUCAUCAGCGGGCGGAAAGGCAAAUCGAAAGAGGUCAUCAAAGAGAUAAUAACUGGAGACAUUUUCACUUGAUCUUUGUGAGACCGAUCCAGACACUGAUUUUGGGAAUGGAUGUCAAUAAAAUGAAUCCUACCCCUUUUAGAUCAUUCAAAAUCCAUUAGGUAGUUGUGGCGGUUUUGAACAGGAUUGAUGAAAGUAGUACACAGUCCAGUUUGAUUUCUGGAUUUUUAAUACUCUUUCUUCUGUAUGUUAAUAAUACAUGUAAUAAUAAUACCAGAGUCUGAUAUAGCGCACGUAUCUACCAACAAUUAGGUGCUCAAGGCGCUGGUAAUUAUGUAUAUUUUUAAAGACAGGUAAAUGAAGUUCAUGAGAAAUAUGAGACCCAUUAUGUAGCACCUUUUAUAACGGGUAUACAAGGUGCUGCGGCGCAUAUUGCAGCCACUGCCAGAAACACUGGGGCAAACCCCUUCUCUUUAAUAGCGAUAAGUAUUACUGGGUUCUUUUCCGUGCAUUAAAAAAACACACGGGACCUACGGCUUUACGUCCCAACUGACGUUUUCAUAUCAAUUGCUGCUGUACAUUCACAAUCAUUUGCUCUUUAUUUGGGCUUUAAUUAAUUUUGGGUACAUUUGGUCAAUACACGUAUAUGAUGGCAUUAGAAACUUUCAAAAACCAACACCAACUGUAUUGUGAUAUAUUAUACGAAUAUUGUCUCACGACUUCUGGACAUUCAUAUUUUUUCCACAGUUCUAGUACGUUUUCUUCUUCAAUAGAAAAGGUCCGCUUCUUACUGUUUGAAGCCUGAGUAUAGCACUGUUGUUUCUUUAACUUGAAAUUUCAGAAAAUUGACUCAAAAUAGGGGAUCUAUGAACGUUCUUCAAAUUUGAAUGCUUUUUGUCUGAGUCUGAUGUCAUCAAUGUGUUACAUCUCCAUCUUCCUAUUCAUCAUCGGAGUAUUCCAACAAGGAAAACCUCUCAUGAGGUUUUCUUCGAUCUGAGUGAACAAGAAUGAUGAUCUUACUCGUGUCGUUUCCAGUUUCCGCCUUUUGGGAAAAACUCUGUGUAAUUAUUACGGUAAAGGGGGACAUUCCCAUAGGGUUGUGCACAGAAUGUUUCCAACUUUAAUGACCCCUAACCCCAAUUUUCCCUUAUCCUACCCCCACAAAUUUUGGUAUUUCUAUGUUUUGGACCACGAGCAAUCGAUCUAGCCUAUUUGGGACAGUAUACUUUGCCUCUAAAUAGGAGUUGUGACAUUCGGGAGACUGAAAUGUCUCCCUAAUAUUCAGUGUCUAAGGUAAAACUAAUGACGAAAACAAUGUCUCCUUAGGUAAAGGUAAAGGUCCCGUAGCCAUACUGGCCGUAUAGGGGCAGUGGGAUGUUGGAGGUCCACUGUGUCUUGGGCGUGGUAUAUGAGUGGCGGGUCCCAGUCCUCUCCUCUCGCCGUCUUACCUUCCCUGAACGAAUCAGGUACCCAUUUUACUGUUGGGUCGUCAGAGAGAGUUUUCCAGUUUUUGGUCCGAAUGGGAUUCGAACUGCCAACCGUCCACUCCGUAGCUCCACGUUCUAACCGCUCGGCUACGAGGCCCCCUCUUGUCUCCUUAAGGGUACAUUUAACAGGAAUUAUUGUCACACUAUUCGAAAUAAACUCUGAAGAUUUGCAGCUUCGAUA